UAAAUGCAGGAAAGACAGCCAUUUUACACUGGUCCUGUAGAAAGUGGGCUGUCGUGGGAAGACGUGCUUAGGAUUAAAGAAAUAUAUGAAAUAAUUAGCUCAAACAAACAGAACCCACAACGAUAAAAACAGACCUGCUCCAGUGUUUUUAGAGCACUUGUUAUUUUCAGACAUCACUUGAAAAAAGAGGACUUCUAAGAAAGGAACCAAGAAGAUGAACGGGACACUGGACCACCCAGACCAGCCUGACAUUGAUGCUAUGAAAAUGUUUGUGGGUCAGAUCCCUCGUUCCUGGUCAGAAGAACAGCUGAGGGAGCUCUUUGAGCCCUACGGUGCCGUCUAUGAAAUCAACGUCCUCAGAGACAGGAGUCAGAAUCCCCCACAGAGCAAAGGUUGUUGUUUCAUCACAUAUUACACACGCAAAUCAGCGUUAGAAGCACAAAAUGCCCUUCACAAUAUGAAAAUUCUUCCAGGGAUGCAUCAUCCUAUUCAGAUGAAGCCAGCAGACAGUGAGAAGAACAACUCGGUAGAAGACCGGAAGCUGUUUAUUGGGAUGAUCUCUAAGAAAUGCAAUGAAAACGACAUCCGGCUCAUGUUCUCCCCGUACGGCCAGAUUGAGGAGUGUCGCAUUCUCAGAGGACCUGAUGGACUGAGCCGUGGUUGUGCCUUCGUCACAUUCACAGCCAGACAGGUGGCACAAUCUGCCAUUAAAUCCAUGCACCAGUCACAGACUAUGGAGGGCUGUUCAUCCCCAAUCGUGGUGAAGUUCGCAGACACGCAGAAGGAUAAGGAACAGAAGCGCAUGGCGCAGCAGCUGCAACAACAGAUGCAGCAACUUAAUGCUGCUUCCAUGUGGGGAAAUUUAACUGGCCUUAACUCUCUAGGCCCACAGUAUCUCGCACUUUAUUUGCAGCUCCUGCAACAAUCCGCAUCCUCGGGGAAUGCUCUCAACAAUCUCCACCCUAUGUCAGGUCUGAAUGCCAUGCAGAAUCUGGCUGCAUUGGCAGCAGCGGCGAGUGCCACUCAGGCAACUCCAAGCGGCAGCAGUGCACUGACAACGUCCAGCUCGCCACUUAGUGCGCUUACUAGCUCAGGUACGGCCUCCGGACAACAGUCUCUCUCUGCCUGGGAAGGCUGCAAGGCAGGUUCCUCUCCCACCUCGAGUACUAAUUCAUCUGUAAAUCCCAUGGCUUCUCUGGGUGCUCUGCAGUCCCUGGCUGCAGGUGCUGGUGCUGGCCUCAACAUGAGUUCACUAGCAGGCAUGGCUGCAUUGAAUGGCGGCUUGGGCAGCGGAGGCCUGUCUAAUGGAUCGGGCAGCACCAUGGAGGCCUUGACACAGGCAGCUUACUCUGGGAUCCAGCAGUACGCAGCCGCUGCCCUACCCAGUCUUUAUAACCAGAGCCUACUUUCUCAGCAGAGCAUCAGUGCUGCUGGCAGCCAGAAAGAAGGUCCCGAAGGUGCAAAUCUUUUCAUUUAUCACCUGCCACAGGAGUUUGGUGACCAGGACUUGCUUCAGAUGUUCAUGCCUUUUGGCAAUGUUAUCUCUGCCAAGGUUUUCAUAGACAAACAGACUAACCUCAGCAAAUGUUUUGGCUUUGUGAGUUACGACAAUCCCGUUUCAUCCCAGGCGGCCAUUCAGUCAAUGAACGGUUUUCAGAUCGGAAUGAAACGACUGAAGGUUCAACUAAAACGAUCCAAAAACGACAGCAAGCCAUAUUGAGUGCUUUUACUCUAAAAUGGACUUGGUUUGAAAAUGUGUUUCUGAUAUCUUCGUGCCCGUUUGUUCAUCGUUUCCCUAGCAUGUCGAUGUGACGUCAAAAGUUCAUCGUCCAGUCCGUUGUCCUCUUCGCUUCUCUGACGCUUGAAAUUUUUCACCCUUGACCUUUUUUUUUUGUUUGUUUAACUUUUGACGCUUAGUGGUUACUUAUUUUGUUUGUUUUCUGUGUGGUGUUCAUUUCUGUUUGUGCUGCCAAUAGAGGGCGCUAGAAAGACUGCUGUUAUUAACUAAAAUGUAAAAAGUUUCUUGAAUAUUGUUCAGAACAGAGUCUAUUUUUCUAGAAGUUACAAAACAUAACCACUAGAUUGUGCAAAGGCUUUUAAUUUUCAUCGUUUCAUUACCCAGUUAAAUUUGUUUGUUUAGCUAAUUUUAUUUUUCAUUGUUUUAAAGCAGUCUAUCUAGUGCACUCUUUUUGUUUUGUUUUUUUCUUACUCAUUUGUUUUCCUCUGAAAGCAGCCAAUCCAUUUAUAGAAUCACUUUGUGUGUGUGUGUGUGUUUGUGUGUGGGUGUGUUUUCCUCUAUCUCUCACUUGUACACCUUUUUAGGGUUUUUUGCAGUCACAUUUUGCUGAAAUUGAGGAUAACCUUGUAAUGUUGUGCUAGGUUAGUCGGCAUGAUUUUUGAUGGCAUAUUUUUGGGAGUUCGUUAAUAGUGUGACAGACACUUGAAUUACCUUUUUUUUUAAUUUACUUUUUUCCAUUUAGUGUGUCAAUUACCAUAGGCACAUGUUUUUCUUUUUUUGUUUUCUAUUGUGUGAAAAUCAGGAUUAGUCUAAAAUAAUAAGUGCAUAAAAUGAGCAAAAUUGAGUUCAUGUCACAGUUAGUAUAUAUGAAAGUAUGCAUGUUUUUCUUUGUAACUGCACUGACAUCCUCAGCAAAAUGUGAUUUAGUUCUGUUUAAAAACAAAAACAAAAAAAAGACAAAAAUUAUAAAAUUAAUAAAAUGGUGCCAAAAGUUUUGCAUGUUGCUGUUGGUCACAUAUUUUAUGUAUUUUUCAUGUCUGUCUGCUCUUCCAAUGUGGUCCCGUUUUAAUAAUUGAUUUUAAAUCUAGUCAUAACCACGUGUUAAACUGUUUGAAAGUGGACUUUGUAGAUGGAUUUUGUAAUGACUUCUCAUUAGACAGUCAACUUUACCCAGUCCUUGCAAAUUUCAGCUGUUCUGUUUAGAAAAAUUUUUGGUAUGUUGAAUGGUUGACGGAAAGAAUCCCACAUUUCUCCCCAAUUCUGACAAAUCUGUUAAUGUUUCAGUUCUUUGUCAGUCUAGCCACAGCUCGAUUUUGUAGUAUUACCUUUACUGUGUCUACUAUUUAAGGAGUAAAACCUUCUUUUCAUAAACACGGCUUCUCUCUUCCUGAUUACAAGUUAUAUUUUCAUGUUUCGUUUUUUUUCUUUUUCAAAUAUUUUCCCCUUCUGAAAAAUUUGGCACCCUGUUAUCACUAGCUUUUAUUUCAACAGUUAAUUGCUAGCGAAAAAGUCAUUUUGUUGACAAAUUGGGUUUAGCAUUGCAAUUUUUUGGCAUUUUAUAUCUAGAUUUUAAGCUGCUGUUUGUUUAAAUGUACUCUGAAAAACUUACCUGUGGGAUGUUUGUCAUUAUUGGUACAGAGUGAUUGUAUUUAAUAGUAAGAAAUUGUACAGUUUUUGCCUUUUUCUACUUCCAAGUUCUGUUUCGCAAUGUGAAUUUGAAAUCCUAAAAAGUGGAGCCAUGUAGAACUUGCCACCAUGACCAAACAUAAGUCUAAACAAAUUAAUUCUUUGAAGCAGCCUUCAGUUGAAUUAAAAGCUGAUUUUUCUUUUCCUUUUUUUUUUGUCAUUUAAGUUAUGGUUUUCACUGGAAUUGUAGAGUGAGGAGUUCAUUAGAUGUCUAGAAGAGUGUUCUUAUCUGAAUGUUUUCUGUUGAGGUUUAUUUAAAUUGUAAUGGAAGUUAAAAAUUUUCAUGCUACUGUCUCCACAGAAGUAUAGCAACAUGCAUACAACACGAAGUCAUUUUGUAGUUUCUUUGGUCGGGUUGUUUGUCUGAUUAAACUGAAAAGAUUCACA